AUGAAGGCUGCCCACAGCGAACGGUCCGUUUCGCGGGAAGGCUCCAACGGGGGCGGCGAGGAAAGCGUGGGCGUGGGUCCCUACAAGGAGUGGGUGGGGCUGCCCACCAUCCGCGUGCGGCCCCUGCCCGAUCCCACCCCGGGCGCGCGGCUCUGCGGACCCGUGCUCGACAGCGAGCACAAGUUCGAACACCUGCCCGACCUCUUCUGCGGCCGCGCCACCUCCACCUACCCCAAGGGGCAAGGCGAGCCGAUCUGCGACUACUUCGAUGUGGAGCUGUUCGAGGAGGGCCGCACGCUGGUGUGCAUCGCCGACGGGUGCUCAUGGGGCGAGCAGCCGCGCCAGGCAGCGCGCAAGGCGACGGACGCGUACAUGGGCUACCUGCGCGACAACCAGCGCUCCAUCACCGACCUGCGCGAUGCGGGCCGCCUCAUCCUGCGCGCCUUCCAGAAGGCCCACAUCAAGAUCCUCGAGGGACAUGAGGACCUGUGGCUGGCGGGCACCACCACCCUGUGCGGCGGACUCAUGAUGGAGCUCGACGUGGAUGCGGAGACGAUGAAGAAGCUGCACGAGCUGCGCCGGAACAUGGAGACGGCGCCGGUGAAAAUGUACGAUAUCGACCAGUUCGUCUCCACAUUCGAGAAGGACGAGAACUCGCCGGUGGCGGCCCCGCCCCACCAGAAAUCCACCCAUGAGCUGCCGUCUUCAUCCUCCGCCAGGGACCCAGACGAGGACUACCGGUGGCUCUUCGUGUGUGCCAACGUGGGCGACUGCAAGGCCUUCCACUAUUCGCCGCGCACGGGCACGCUCACCGACAUCACCCUGGGCAACCGCACCAACCUCACCGACGCCAAGGAUCCGGGCGGUCGUCUGGGCCCCUAUUUGGACAAGGGUGAGCCGGACCUGCGGAAUCUGGGCCUCUACCUGGUCCCUUGCCACGACGACGACGUCAUCAUCCUCAUGACCGACGGGAUCCACGACAACCUCGACCCCCAGCACCUCGGCCUCAAACCCCGGGACCUGGGCCUGGACAAGUUCGAGACAUGGCACGAGGCGGAGAAGGACGACCCUCGCGUUACGGAGUCGGCCAAGAACGACUUCCGGAUACAGUACGUCAAGUACCUGGUGCCCAACAUGUCCGUCUACGGCCUCACAGAAGGCCUGGGCGAGCACUGCCGACGGAUCACGCAAUCCAGCAGGGACUUCAUGGAGACCAACACAUUUCAGAAGCUGCCCGACGACUACGUCCGAUAUCCGGGCAAGAUGGACCACGCCACCAUGGUCGCCUUCCGCGCACGCGGACUCGCCGCUGAGCAACGGAUGCCCAGCACAAAGCCCAUCCACGCCAUCAUCGGGAACGAGCGCCCUCGCAAGCUGGCGUGCUACAGCAUGGAGCGAGAGCGCCUGGCCGAAAUCACCGUGGAGCCCGCCGACCUCGUCACCCACCUCAUCGCCAAAGUCAAGACGGCCCUGAAUGGGACCAUCGCGGGGCGGCCCUUCCGCUUGCGGCGAGGGGAGGACGGCUGGAAGCAGAAGCCCUCUCCCAUCGUCAAACGACAGUUCGGCCUGCGGGUGUUCGAGGUCUUUUCGGAGGCGGGCGACUUCGUGGUCGUACAGUUUGGCGUUGUGCCCUGCCCCAGUCCCCCGGCCACGCAUGCCCUCGCUUGA